CGUCCCAGAGCAACUUUCGGCGCAGCAUUAUCCACCCGGCACCCAUUUCGACCCCAGCGUAUGAGUGUCGGCAGUCAUCAUGGAUGACCUCUUCGCUGUGUUCGAGGAGCAGCCUCGCGCUCCCAAGCGCAAGGCCGACGCCGAUGUCGAAAUGACGGACGAUGUCGACAACGAAAACAACGACAAGAACAACAACUCGGCCGUGAUCAAAGAGGAAGAGAUGCACUCCGCGGACGAGGAGGAAAAUGUGGAUGCAGAAGGGCCAGCCGAUAGCAAAAGGCGGAAAAUGGAGGACGAAGCUGAGCCCAUCAUCACCGACACGUUCGAGACGGCCGAGUCCAGAGAGGUCAACGCUGCCCAGGGCUUCGCACCCUCAACAGACGAGGGCGCGCUCGUCCUAUCUCACAACAUCCAACACCAAGUCGCCCUACCACCAGACCUUGACUACGAGUACAUCCCCCUUUCAGAGCACAAGGCCCCCGCCGACCCCGCGAGGACGUACCCGUUCAGGCUCGACCCCUUCCAAGCCCUCUCCGUUGCCUCCAUCGAGCGCGGAGAGAGCGUGCUCGUUUCGGCCCACACCAGUGCCGGUAAAACGGUCGUUGCCGAGUACGCCAUCGCCCAGUGCCUCAAGAGAAACCAGAGGGUCAUCUACACGAGUCCCAUCAAGGCGCUCAGCAAUCAGAAAUACCGAGACUUCCAAGCCGACUUUGGCGACGUUGGUCUGAUGACGGGCGACGUUACCAUCAACCCGACCGCCAGCUGCCUGGUUAUGACGACCGAGAUUCUGCGGUCCAUGCUCUAUCGCGGGUCCGAGAUCAUGCGCGAGGUGGCCUGGGUCGUCUUCGACGAGAUCCACUACAUGCGCGACAAGACCCGCGGUGUCGUCUGGGAGGAAACCAUCAUCCUCCUCCCGGACAAGGUUAGAUAUGUCUUCCUGUCGGCCACCAUCCCCAACGCCUUCCAGUUCGCCGAGUGGAUCGCCAAGAUUCACCGGCAAGCCUGCCACGUCGUCUACACGGAUUUCCGACCGACACCGCUGCAGAACUACUUCUUCCCGGCCGGCACCAACGGCAUUUACCUCAUCGUCGAUGAGAAAGGCAACUUCAAAGAGCACAACUUCAACGAGGCCAUGGCCGCCAUCGAGAGCAAGAAGGGUUCCGAUCCUGCCGACUGGAGCGCCAAACAGAAAGGCAAGGGGAAGAACAAGAAGACGAACAAGGGCGGUGACGCACCUGACGAGAAGUCCGACAUCGCCAAAGUCAUCAAGAUGAUCAUCAAGAGGAAAUUUCAACCCGUAAUCGUCUUUAACUUUGCCAAGCGCGAAUGCGAGCAGAUGGCGCUCAAGACUUCAGUUAUGAAGUUCAACGCCGCCGACGAGGAGGCAAUGGUCAACAGUGUGUUCGAAAAUGCGCUAAAUUCGUUAUCCGACGAGGACAAGAACUUGCCCCAGAUCUCCAACAUUCUCCCCUUGCUACGAAAGGGCAUCGGUGUCCAUCACUCUGGCUUGUUGCCCAUCCUCAAGGAGACCAUCGAGAUUCUGUUCCAGGAAGGCUUGAUCAAGGUCCUGUUUGCGACCGAGACCUUCUCCAUUGGCCUCAACAUGCCCGCGAGGACCGUCGUCUUCACCCAGGUUACGAAAUGGGACGGCGUCCAGCGCCGGCCGCUCACCUCGUCCGAAUACAUCCAGAUGGCAGGGCGAGCUGGUCGCCGUGGUCUCGACGACCGAGGUAUCGUCAUCAUGAUGAUCGACGACAAGCUCGAGCCCGAUGUGGCUAGGAGCGUCGUUGUUGGCCACCAGGACCGACUCAACUCGGCGUUCCACCUGGGGUACAACAUGAUUUUGAACUUGCUGCGUAUCGAGGCCAUCUCCCCCGAGUUCAUGCUCGAGCGGUGCUUCUUCCAGUUCCAAAACACUUCCAGCGUGCCGCAGCUGGAGCGGGACCUUGCCAGCCUGCAACAGGAGCGAGACGGCAUGAUCAUUCCCGACGAGGCCACCGUCAAAGACUACCGCGCCAUCCGCCAGCAACUCGACGGAUACCAGAAGGAUAUGAUCGCCGUGAUGCAGCACCCGAACUACUGCAUCAAGUACAUGAAGCCAGGCCGGCCGGUCGAGAUUGAGACACCGGGCGGCGCCAACUAUGGCUGGGGUGUGGUCGUUGAUUUCACGCCCCGCAAGGCACCCAAGAUGGGGCAACCCGAUUAUCCGCCGCAGGAAUCCUACAUUAUCGACGCGCUACUGAGAGUCUCGACGGACAGUAUAGAAAGAACAAACUUCAAGGGAGACACCGCCGUGCCCGAGGGCGUCCAUCCGGCGAAGCCCGGCGAUACGGGCAGGUGGGAGGUCGUCCCCUGUCUCCUCAACUGCAUGAAGACCAUUGGUCAAAUUCGCUUGCAUGUAUCAAAGAAGCUCAAGACCUGGGAAGAGCGCGACACAACGGGCAAGAUGCUCGAGGAGGCCAAGCGGCGCUUCCCCGACGGCAUGCCGGUCGUCGACCCGCUCGAGAACAUGGGCAUCACCGACGACUCCUUCAAGCAACUCCUCCGCAAGAUCGAGGUCCUCGAAUCCCGCCUCAUCGCCAACCCCCUGCACAACUCGCCGCUCCUCGAACAGCUCUGGGACAAGCUCGACACCAAGCUCGCCCUGGCCGACAAGAUCAAGGAGAAGAAGCGGGCGCUCAUGAAGACGCACAGCGUCUCGCAGCUCGACGAGCUCAAGUCGCGCAAGCGGGUGCUGCGGCGGCUGGGGUUCAUCAACGAGACGGAAGUGGUCGAGAUGAAGGCGCGCGUGGCGUGCGAGAUCUCGUCGACCGAGGGCCACGAGCUGCUGCUCGCCGAGCUGCUCUUCAACCGCUUCUUCAACGAGCUCAGCCCGGAGCUGUGCGCCUGCGUCCUGAGCGUCUUCAUCUUUGACGAGAAGGUCGAGACCGCCGAGCUGAAGGAGGAGCUCGCCAAGCCCUUCCGCACCAUCCAGGCCCAGGCCCGUGUCAUUGCCAAGGUCAGCGCCGAGAGCAAGAUGGAGGUUAAUGAGGAUGAGUAUGUCCAGAGCUUGAAGUGGCAGCUGAUGGAGACGGUGCUGGCGUGGGCUGAGGGGAAGCCGUUUGCAGAUAUCUGCAAAAUGACCAACGCCUAUGAGGGUUCGUUGAUCCGGUUGUUCCGCCGUUUGGAGGAGCUGCUCCGGCAGAUGGCCGAGGCCGCCAAGGUCAUGGGCAGCGAGGAGCUCAAGGACAAGUUUGAGCUGAGCCUGUCCAAGAUCAGGAGGGAUAUCGUCUCGUUCAACAGCUUGUAUCUGUAAUUGUCAUUGAUUGCAUUACGGUGGGGUCGUUCGGCGUUUGGGGUGUGGUUGUGGUUGGGAAAAUGAAUACCAUGGACUUCGACGGUGCAGUCUUCAUGUUAAUUAUUUUA